UUCCUUAACUCUUUCCCUUUUAUUCUAUUCCCUUUUCUUAAUUUUUUUUCCUUUUUUUAUAAUAAUAAUUAUUUUUAAUAUUUUUCCUUGCCGCAACUAAAUUCGCCUAUUUAUGACCCUGCUUUGUUUAUCUGCCGCGAAAACGAAGAAAAAACACAAACGGAUACCGUUUUCGCACCCUGUAUUUUUUUUUAACAUAUAGUUAUAUACAGUAUUUCAUUCCAGCUUCGAGCCAGCUUUCCAAUUGUUCAGAGAAUUCUCUGAUUCCGCUCACGAAUUUCAAUCUUCUCGAACAAGAAAGAGAAAACCUACCAGCACAGAUCCAUGGCGGAAGAACACCGAUGCCAAGCUCCCGAAGGCCACCGUCUCUGUGCUAACAACUGCGGCUUCUUCGGAAGCCCGGCCACCAUGAAUCUCUGCUCCAAAUGCUACGUUGAUAUCAGUUUGAAGGAACAAGAAGAAGCGUCCACCAAAUCCACCAUCGAAACCGCUCUCUCCUCCUCCGCUGCCGCCGCCAUGCCUCCGUUAUCCACGUCGUCUCCGUCGCCGCCGGCUGUCGAUUCCGUGGAAUCUGUGCCUCCGGUGGAGGUCGCGUCGAGCUCCGUGGCCGUGGGUUCGGUUUCGGUUGAACCGAACCGGUGCGCGACGUGCCGGAAGCGCGUGGGGUUGACCGGGUUUAAGUGCAGGUGCGGGGUGACGUUUUGUGGGGCCCACAGGUAUCCGGAGAAACACGCGUGCAGCUUCGAUUUUAAGACGGUGGGGCGAGAGGAGAUUGCACGCGCCAACCCUGUGAUCAAAGCGGAGAAGCUGCGGAGGAUUUGAUUCGAUCUGAGGCGUUGGAUUAGUGUGGGACCGAGAGCUUUGAUGAUUCGAUCGCGACAGUCCACGUGUACUGCGAACGGAGAGAUGUGAUUAUGUACUAUAAAUCUUAUGAAUUAUAUGAUUAAGAUAAAGUGCGUUUGUCUGGUCUAGAAGGGACGAAUAAGUCAUAUUUAUUUGGCUUUGCUUUUGUGAAAGGAUAAAAAAGAGCAUUGGAUGAAAAUUUGUAGGUCCACCACACACCGUCCUCUUUCUUUGAGAUUGAGUUUGAGGGGUGGAUGAAAUGAUUUGUGGUUAGUGUCUUUGGGCAACGCAGUGCGGUGGAGCGUUUUAUUAUGCUUUCGGUAAUGAAUGUCAAACUUGAGUUUCAAGUACUUCCAAUCUAUUC